GAUAUCGCUAUAUGUGUGCAUCGCCGAUAUGUGUGUGCGUGCGCGCGCGCGCGCGCGGCCGCGCGUAUACAUACGCGUGCACGGUUGUCGGUCGCGCGUGAGUGUCACACGUAUCCGUGACGAUCAGUUUGGAGAGUCGAGAUCUGCCGAGGCGGCGUCGAGGCGGCGUCGAGGCAUGUCGAGGUGCAUCGUAGCGGUCGCGUUUCCGUUGGCGUCGGGAUAGGCGAGGACGGAGAGCCGCGUGCUCGCUCCUGGCCGAUGCCUUCCCUCGCUCGCGUUCUCCGCGACGGCCGAUAACAAAUGCACCGCGAUACAAAGUUGUACCUUUAAAGGGGGGGGGGUUUUUUUUUUAAGUCCGUGGUACGUGCAUGUCAAUUAUGUUUGGCUGGAAAAAUUAACGCGCGUGCGUAUUCACACGAGUGUUUUUCGUUCCGACGAUUGUACGUACCUUAUGAAUAUUGUAAAUGACGUUUAACACGCGUAUAUGUGCGUGCGUGCGUGCGUAAGGAACGAUGUCACGCAAUUGGAUACGACGAGCGUGCACGCAGGACUCGUUGCUACAUUCCACUUGCCCGUGACAUGCCUAGCACUCGUGAUAUCGAACGAGCCGAACGUAAUGGGAGAUUCCGAUCACGAAGGAGAGGCAGCGCGAGCAGCGACGUGAAUAGGCACAGCUUGGACGGCGCCGACAAGCGGCACAGGAGGCAUGGCAAGAGCAAGAGCUCCGGGAAGAAGAAGAAGAAACGUUCGCGCGACAAGUCACUAGAGACAGUUCCGACCGUAGCCUCGUCCGUAGUGAAACCGUUGGUUGAAUAUUCCGACGUGAGUAGCGAGGACCUCUCGGAGCCCGAGGCGGGGGAGAUACAGUCUGAGGACAGUCGCGCCAACAGCUACACAGAUGGAGAAGUACCUGACACCUUCCUACAAAGACGAUAUUAUGGCGGCAGUCCGGUCCGCGCCCUCGGGGCGUCACCGAUCAGCCUGUCGCCGUCACCGUCGGCUCAGCACCGGCACUCCAGCAGACGGUACUCGUUGUCGAACGAGCAACAGCAGCCGACGACAGCGAUGCACAGCGCGACGCCGGAGUACGAGGAAGAGUCGAGGCGGUACGCCCGGCGGAAGGAGAAGAAGCACAAACGCGAGAAGAAGAAGAAGAUAAGCCUGAGCCCGUCGUCCAAUUCGGGGAAGAAGAAGAAGAGGAAAUCCAAGAGGCAUUCUCACAGCGUGAGCCCGCAUCACGCCGUCGCCGUCGAGGAGAUCGCCCCGAGUCCGAGUCACGAGAAGCAGCUGUCGGUCGCCGCUUCCGCCAAUUGGUCGGAGUCCCCGCCGUUGCGGCUCAAGGACCACAUGUCGCCCAUUUCUCCGGCUACGCCGCGUGAGCAGCGCUGCCUCAGUGACGAUGUGGAGCUGGAGAUGUCGAGGCAGACGUCCCGGAACGUUACCCCGCCGUCUCUGGCGUCGACACGUCAGGUGGAGUCGCCACAUACGCCACUGAUGCCGCCCUGCCACGCCACGACGCCGGAGAACUUGAACAAAACCGGGCCCGUCGCCGUGCCAAAGCACAGUCCCGAUCGGCAGAAACGUAGCCCGAGUAUCCACUUGACGCGCCGCGCCAGCGUCAGCCCGGGCCCCGUAAGCGGAAACCGCAGGAGGCCACACAGCCCGAGUCCACCGUUGAGACGAAGGGAUCACAGUCCGCCGUCGCGUAGAAGGGACUUCAGUCCGGCUCCGGUGGUGCUGCACAGGCUCAGACACAGCCCGAGUCCGGCCACCGUCAGACGACGAGAGUUCAGCCCGAGUCCCGGAAGUAGUCAUAGGCGACGAACGGACGGCGGAGCCAUUUCCCCGAAGCGCCGAAGACGAGAUGUGGAGUCCGACCGACGUAGUCAUCGGCUCCACGACAAAGACAGGAGGGACAAGCGAAAGUCGAGGUCAACUAGGAGCCCCACCGGCAGCAGAUUACAUUUGCCACUGUCUCGAUCGCGAUCGCGCAGCCCGGGAAGAUGGCGAAAGUUGUCCCGUUCGAGAUCGCGUUCGCGCCCCAGAAGGAGCCGCACCCCGAAGAGAUCGCGCUCGCCCAGCAAGUCCCGCAAGACCUUGAGAAAGCUCAAGUCGAAGAGUCCGCGUCCCAGAAUACCAUCUCCUUCUCCCCACAGAUCCCGAGCUAGAAGCCCGUCGAGCAUUACCGCCCGCAAUCUUCGAGUACAAGCGAAGAUCAGCGAGACUAGUCUGUUCGCGGAGCUCGUCAAGGAUCGCAAUAUGCGGGAGCUGGCGUUCAAGAAGCUGCAGGCCGCCAAGGAGAAAGUCGGCAACCAGGACGAGGUGCAAAUCAUCGAGAGCAUCGACGAGAAGGACGGCGACGGCGGCAACGCGUUCGCCGAGAAUAAAACUUCCACUGACAAUAAGGACAGAUCUAUCAAUCACAAGGAGCAGCACGCGAAGGCUGGCGAUGGCGUGGUCGACGUCACCGAUAUUCCCGUUCCGACGAGCGACGACGGCGCUAUAAUGUGCAAGACGCCGCCGUUGCCGCCGACCGGUCAACCGCCCAGCGCGCCGCUACCCAAUCCGAUGUCCACUGCAUUGAACCCGCUUGCCUCUCACGCGAUCGCGCACACCUCGCCCAAUCCACCGUCGAUGAUGCCCAACAGUUGUCCGAUCGGCGUGCCGCACAGCCCAAAUUUUCCCGCUUCCGCGCCCGCUCCCGCUCCAGCUCCUGGAACACAACCACAACAACCACAACAACCACCGCCGCCGCCGCCGCCGCCACCACUGCCACAAUCUGCCGAAUCUGUAUCGACGGUCUUGACACAGGCGUCCGCUCCGCUGCCCAUGCCGCCAAUCCCGCCGACGCCGAUUCUGCCCAACAUGUCUGUCCCACCGCCACCCAUUCCACCGAUUCCCGUUCCAGCGCCCAACACGAUUAUGUCCAAGUUCAAUCCGCCUAAUAAUCUUGUACCACUUAAAUCGGUGGAUCCUCCCAAACCUCCCAUAGUAACGUUCACAACCAAGAGCCUCAAGAGAUUACCGUUGCCACCUGGUAUCAACCAGAAUGAUCUGGAAAGCAUAGACUCCCCGCCGAGCCGUUCUCCAAGCCCUCCCAACAAAUCGCAAUUGAAGUUUCCAGCGUCAGCGAAACCGUUGCAGAAAAAGGGUAUCAAGGAUCUACCAAUGCCGCCAGUUGUACCUGGAUCGGAGGACUUGAGCGGCGAGGACGAUCCGAACGCAACGCCGCCGCGUUUGAGGGUCGAACGAGUGGCACCGAAGCCCAAGUUGAAAAGACCGAAGAUAUUGAAACGCAGAGGAUCGCGAAAUUGCCAUGCUCCCAUGUCUGCUUCCAGCGGCAAGGAUUGGGGCGAACGGUGUGUCGACGUCUUCGAGUUCAUCGCACAGAUCGGAGAGGGUACAUACGGGCAGGUGUAUAAGGCGCGGGACAAACGAUCCAGCGUGAUGGUGGCCUUGAAAAAGGUCCGGCUUGAGAACGAGAAGGAGGGCUUUCCUAUCACCGCGGUUAGAGAAAUAAAAAUCCUGCGACAGCUCAAUCACAAAAACAUUGUUAACCUCAGAGAAAUCGUCACUGACAAGCAAGACGCCCUAGAUUUCCGGAAGGAUAAAGGUUCCUUUUAUCUAGUUUUUGAAUACAUGGAUCAUGACUUGAUGGGUUUGCUGGAAUCCGGUAUGGUGGAUUUCAACGAGCUCCACAACGCCAGUAUCAUGAAGCAAUUGUUGGAUGGUUUAAAUUAUUGCCACAGCAAGAACUUCCUGCACCGGGAUAUCAAAUGCUCAAAUAUAUUGAUGAACAACAAGGGCGAGGUUAAACUGGCUGACUUUGGAUUGGCACGACUUUAUAACGCGGAGGAUAGACAAAGACCAUAUACAAAUAAGGUGAUCACUCUGUGGUACAGACCACCCGAACUUUUGCUUGGAGAGGAGCGUUAUGGGCCUGCGAUUGAUGUCUGGAGUUGCGGAUGUAUCUUGGGAGAAUUGUUUUCCAAGAAACCUUUAUUUCAAGCCAACAUAGAUGUAAUGCAAUUGGAGAUGAUCUCGAGGAUUUGUGGGACGCCCACUCCUGCUGUUUGGCCUUCUGUGAUAAAAUUACCACAUUGGCAUACACUUAAGCCAAAGAAGCAACAUAGAAGACGUCUGAGGGAGGAUUUCGCAUUUAUGCCAGGAGCAGCUUUGGAUCUCCUAGAUAAAAUGCUAGAAUUGGAUCCUGAAAAGCGGAUAACGGCUGCCGAUGCGCUUAAGAGUGCUUGGUUGAAAAAUGUUCAGCCUGAACAGAUGCCAGUGCCGCAGCUUCCGACUUGGCAAGAUUGUCAUGAACUCUGGAGUAAAAAGCGAAAGCGCUUGUUACGGGAUCAGCAAGAGAGUGCUACAGCAAAAUUGCCUCCUCUUCUUCCCUUUCCGAAUAAAGGAGGUCCCAACAAGGAUGAUCUGUCGGAUGUCGGGGGAUCCUCUAAACGACUGAAGAUGGAAGCAGGCUAUAACUCACAUCCAAGCAGGCUUGGCGCGGAAACUCAUUACGGUGAAGAUAACUUGUUUAAUCAGAGCGGGCCAUACAUAGUGUCCACGCCAUCGUACUAUUAUAAUACUUCACCGCCCGUUAAGCAGCAGUCGAAUCUAAAGGGAGAUAAUCAACCGUUGGAAAUGUGUACCGAGGAUAAUCUUGCUCGGAGACUGAUGAUUCUCACGAACGCCUUGAAUCAGGGAAAACCGAUUCGGGUCGACGAUCUUCUUUCGUUGCGGUCGGACCAGAAUGAGUGCGAUUCCAAGGUAGUACAAUUGUUGGCUGAUCUACGCGCGGAGCUACGCCUCGUUGCAAACGCUCGACCAGGCGGACAAUUGGACCCUCAUCUUCCUAUACUGAAUCCACCUCUUCUAGAUACGAGCGCGCCGCAUAUGCCAGGCAAUUUCGACGCACACGCGGUGUACGCCGGCGACGAUGCAGUGAGCUCUCACGGGAGGUGGUCCCAGUUGGCCACUGUCGGUGUUCGGAACGCUCUGUCGACACUCAUAUCGUAUCACGGUCUGGAUAACAUCUAUAAUCCCGCUACUUCUACCGCUAUUGGCCGAUUACCGGCAAAUAAACCGCCCGGACAGCCCAACCUGGCGCAGAACCUUUUCCUGCCCUCGACUUCCUCGCAACAAUCCACUUUUAGUUCGUAAUGAUUUUACAAUGUCGUGGUACAUGACAGUGUUCGGUGUAUGUCUGUGUGCGUGCAUGCGUGCGCGCGCGUGUAAAAUCAGAAAGAUUCUAUAAAUCGUUAUUUUUCAAGUUAUACUAAUGAGAGUGCGAGAGGGAGAGAGAGUGUGUGUGUGUGAGUGUGAGUGAGAGUGAAUGAGUGAGAUUGAAAGAAUGAGAGAAUGAGAGUGCGAGAGGUAUGUCUAUCUGUGUGUGUAUGUGUGUGUUGUUGCGUUUGUGUGUAAGAGAGAGAGAAGAUGGUACGACCAUAUCAUCAAUUUGUCUAUAGUCUCCAUUAUCAUCCAUUAGUCCUAAGUGCACGUUCACAGUGUAUAAUUGUACGAUAUGCGACCAGAUACUUAAUUAGAAUACGACUUCUCUCCCGAUGACAAUGGUAUUAUAGUUGUCAUAUAAUAUACACUAAAUUACUAAUGACACGAAUAUUUCCAAGUUAUUUUUCGAUCAGUCACGCGCUGAAAAGUAUUCUUUAACGUUUCUUUCCUGCAUCAUUACGAAAGGUCUGUGAUACACAUGUGUAUAUACAUAUACAUACAUUACAUAUUGCGAGGGUAGGAAGCUGAAUCUGAAUAAAAAAAGGAGCUCGACUCUGACGCUUGUUUUCCAUUUAACAAAACGAAAAAAAAGACUUUCGUUCACAACACUCGAAGCGAGAUCUUUAGAAAGGUUUCCAUUUUAAAUCUCGUGAAAGAAUUUUAUUUUCAAGAGAUGUUAGGCGAUGCUGAGGGAACGUUGAUAAAUUUGUGUAGCAACAGUAACGCUAAAAAAUGUGAAUAUUUAUUUAUUGUUUAAGGUUUUUUAUAUAAGAUACUAAUGCUUAUUUAUUACGAACGUAUUUACAAUGUACAUAUAUGCUAAGAAUAUAUAAUAAAGACAUACGUCGACAGAAGAAUCUCUCAAGGCUCGUCAAGUCGAAACGUAUCAAUG